AUGAGGCCCUCCCCGAUCCUCCAGGUGCUCAAGUUCAGGCACCUGCGCCUGACGACCAAGGACGUCAACAAGGGCUUCUACAAGGGAAACCGCACCGGUGCCAUGGGUGAGCACACCAAGUACGGAGGAUACAGGAUCGACUACAAAAAAGUGCGGACGUACGUCGUCCCCGAGGGCCUGAAGAAGUGCAAGCUCACGCCUUUUGUUUCCGAGCUAGUGAAGCCCGCAGGACGAACGUACAAGAAGACCAACAACCCCGACGGACCCCGCGACCCAGCACUGUUCCUUAGCACGUGGAAGGAGAAGAACGGCUUCGACUAA